AUAAGUCACUGUUUAUCCCCAGAUAAAUAUGUAGGCCAAAUUACUUGGACAAGAAUGAGGAUCAGUGAUCUAGCUGUCGACGAAAUAAAAUCAGGGUUUCAAAACUUGGAGAGUUUCGCAUUUGGUUUUGUUGACACAAACAUUGUUAUUCCUGGAUUGGAUAGGAUUCGUACGUCAUUUAUACUGAGUGAAAGUCUUCUGUUUAGCAAUCUUCCCAGAAGUCUUCACUACAAGUAUUUCCUUUAUGGAAACACAGCCUUGACAAUUUCGUAUCUAACAGAUAUUGCAGUUUACAAAAGCAAGAUAAUUGCUGCUCACGGGGCGUCUUCUUCACGGAAAACGAAUGUUACAGAAGGAUGUGUUGAUUUGCCAUUUCAAGCCGACUUUAAGAUAGUCUUUCAAGGAAUAUUUCAAGGAAGUAGAAUAGAAGCCAUUUUAUUGUCUGAAGUGGCUGUCAAGUAUGGACUCUGCAAUAAUGCUGAUGUAGACGAAAUAUCAAAGUCGCUGAAGGGCAUGUGCAAAUUUCCUGUAGAAGACUGUGUUUCUUCGGGGUUGAUUUUGCCUAACACUCAAAAUUCCUCUCUAAACACGUCUCUGUGUUCAUUUUGUGAAGGGGAAAAUUUUAGUGUGUCAACUGAGGGCUCCCCUAGUUCAUGCUUUUGUAAAGGGGACGACAAAGUUUGUAGCGCCUGUAGAUGUUCUAGUAUAGUCACACGUGCUUAUGUCAAAAAUCUGAAAUGCAAUGAAUUCUACCUUGAAAGCGUAACAAAUAACGAUGAAAAUUAUGCAUGGUUUUACAAUCUGAAUAUACAAUUUUUUUCCAUAUUAGUCGCAAAAAAUGCUACGGUUUUCAAUUUUGAUGAAUCGCAAAGGACAUCUCUGUUUAUUUCGAUUAGAGGACCACAUCAUUUCCUCCAUAUUUCAAAAGGAACACUAAGUCUUAUUAUGGAUUCCACAAUGAAUUGGUAUAUUAUCAAUGACGUCAGUAAUUCUUCUGUCUAUUUCAGCACAACUUUCGACUAUUUUUACUUUGCUCAAAACAAUUUAAAUGAAGCAAAGCAGAUAAAUGUUGGUUAUUUCAAAACGGUAGUUUCAACCAAUUUCAGCAAUUGCAAUAUUCCAAAUCAAACUCGUUUAUCAAUAAAUUCUAGAAUGGUUGAUUUGAGCGGAAACAAACUUACAUCCUUUGUGAUAAGUAAAAAUACUGAAUUUCUUUACAUAAAGAAUAAUAUGCUGAACGAUAUAGUAAAGAAUUAUGCUAAACUCGAUAAACUUCAAUAUUAUCCACUGUCAAUUUUAGAUAUCUCCUUUAAUAAAAUAUCCAAAAUACGACGCGAAGAUUUUAGCUAUUAUGUGUUACUUGUAAGCUUAAACCUUUCUGGGAAUCUUAUCGAGCACAUCGACGUGGAUAUUUUUUCAGAUCUCACAUUAUUAGUUUCAAUAGAUUUAUCAGAAAACAAAAUUUCUCGAAUUCGACGAGAACAUUUUAGAUCGUUGAGCCAACUGCGUUACCUUUACAUUCAAAAGAACAAUAUAUUUCGUGUCUCUAGUGACAUCUUCCAUGGAUUAGUAAACAUGCGGUACUUACAGGUGGAAUCGUUUUCAAUUUGUUGUGCUAAACCACAGUCGAUGUAUAACAUUGAGUGUGUUGCACCAGUGAACGAACUUUCCUCUUGUGACUAUUUGAUUGCAGUACCUAUACUUAAUGUUGCGAUUUGGUAUAUGGCGCCUCUUGCUCUUUUGGGAAACUUAACGGUACUAUUCUACAAUUUGUUUCACUUGAAGAGUAAGACUCAAGCUAGUUAUCUCAUCCUUACCAUUAAUUUAAGUUGUGCAGAUUUACUCAUGGGUGUGUAUCUGUUCAUUAUAGCCAUAGUAAAUUUGGAGUAUGCAGGAAAGUAUGGACUGAUGGAUUAUACUUGGAGGCAUAGUUAUCUUUGCAUUCUAGCAGGCAUCGUUGCUACUGUGUCAAGUGAAGCAUCCGUCUUUACUGUUUUUCUUAUAACUGUUGACCGAUUUCUUGCUAUCAAAUAUACUAUUUCGGAAAAACGAAUUUCUAGGAGAGGGGCAAUUUUCAUUUGUUUGUUCAUUUGGACACUGUCGCUACUGAUGGCUACACUUCCAGUAUUUCCGUUUCCCACGUCUUUCUUUGACGAGUUUUAUUCACAGUCGGGUGUAUGCAUUUCUUUGCCGCUUUCUGUCAUUCGAAAAGUUGGCUGGCAAUACUCCAUGAUUAUUUUUGUUGGGCUUAAUACGUUUUUAUUCAUUGGGAUUUUGACUGGACAAAUUGCUAUAUUUGUUGAGGCUUUGAAAAUAGGGAAAGAUGUCCGGACAUCCAAAAUCAGAGAUAGGGAGAUUUCUUUGGCAAAAACGCUCAUAGCCAUUGUUAUCACUGACAUGUUUUGCUGGAUUCCAAUAGGAAUUAUUGGCACUGUCACUUUCUUUGGAACUGAAGUUUCCAUUGAGGUUUAUGCUUGGAUAAUUGUUCUCGUAUUACCCAUAAAUUCAGCACUCAACCCUAUCCUUUAUACAUUGACAGCUGUAGUCAGACAAAAGGGACAACUUCAUAUGAAACGAUUGACACAAGAAAAUUUGAUUCUGAGAAAACAACUGGACACGUUGAAGAGUUCAUCUUCUAACACCAAGCAAUACUAGAAGGGAAAUAA